UUGAGAUUGGAAAAAAUGGCGACAUUUGUACCGGUGAAGUUUAAGAGAGUAGCUGAGGCAUUUGAUGAGGUGGCAAAAGCUCGGAUCUGCGAGAGCAGCGGCAGUGAACACUCUCCACCACCGGCGGUGGUGACAGAGAGCUUGACGGAUUUAUCACGACUCGUGAAUUCGUUUUUAGAAGGGGAGGUAAUUACUGUUAAUGAGAAAUUGGAAGAGAUUGAUGGAAAUGUUGAUACUAAUUGCUUUGAUGAAUCGGAGAUUAAGGAGAAUUUAAGGAAUUUGUUGAAUUCCGGUGAUGAUUUGAAGAAAAGUGUUAUUAAUGCUGUGGAAAAUGCUUUGCUUGCUGAAGAAACAAAUGAUCGGAGCUCACCGGAGUUUAAACGAUGGUUGAUGACUCAAUUGCGUAACCAUGGCUUCGAUGCUGGAUUGUGCAAAUUAAAAUGGGAGAAAGCUGGUAAUCGUACCUCAGGAAGUUACGAGUAUAUCGACAUUAAUGUUGGUGUUACUCGUUACAUAAUCGAGGUUUCAUUAGCGGGAGAAUUUGAAAUUGCUCGAGCAACGCUUUGCUACGCCUCGUUGCUCGAAAAUUUCCCUCGAGUUUUUGUUGGAAAAGUGGAAGAGUUGAAGCAAGUGGUGAGAAUUAUGAGUAGAGCCAUGAAGAAAUCUAUGAAGAAAAUGGAUAUUUAUGUGGCACCAUGGAGAAGACUAGCUUAUAUGGAAGCUAAGUGGUUUGGAUCUUAUAAGAGAACAACAAAUGAACAAAAAAAUUAUCAAAAGAAUAGUUUUGAUUCUUCUUCAAAGAAAAGAAAUGUUGGAUUUGUGCCUAAGCAAGCAAUUUCUUUCUAUUGUAGAGAGAAUAUUAUUGCUUCUAAUAGUGGCAUUAAAAUUGGAAAUUUGGCAGCAGCUUUGAAUGGAUAAUAUCAUGAACUGAUAUAAACCGUGGUGGAGUUAAUCAAGGGUCUUGAGUUCAAAUCCUGAAUAUGAAUUCACGUUUGUAAGAAAACAAUAGAUUUAGUCAUAUUUCA